GCCAUUGCGCGCGCCUCCCGGGGGUGCAGCCCGGCUCGAGGCUCUUUGCAUAGACGCACCGGCAGCUGAAUACAAAAAGGGCAGGUCGGCGGCGCCCUCCUUCCCGCCCCCCUUCCUGCCCAGGGCGUGGAGCGCUGGCCAGGUGUCGGCUGGGGUGGCUGCUUACCGCCUUUUGCUCCGGCUGCGGCGAGAGGAGGAGGUGGCGGGGGUGGGGGUGGGCGCACUUUCCUUUUCUUUCUGGAGCGGUGCUAGCGCCGGGCCACCCGUCCUCUCUCCCGCGCCGCCUCGCCGCCGCCCGACCCCCCUUCUCCCCCUCCCCACCUCUCGUCAUGACGGCGUCUCCGGACUACUUGGUGGUGCUUUUUGGAAUCACUGCUGGGGCCACGGGGGCCAAGCUGGGCUCGGAUGAGAAGGAGCUGAUCCUGCUGUUAUGGAAAGUCGUGGAUCUGGCCAACAAGAAGGUGGGACAGUUGCACGAAGUCCUGGUGAGACCGGACCAGUUGGAGCUGACGGAGGAUUGCAAGGAAGAAACGAAGAUCGACGCCGAAAACCUGUCCUCGGCGCCGCAGCUGGACCAAGCCCUCCGACAGUUUAACCAGUCAGUGAGCAAUGAACUAAAUAUUGGGGUAGGAACCUCUUUCUGUCUCUGUACUGAUGGGCAGCUUCAUGUCAGGCAAAUCCUGCAUCCGGAGGCUUCCAAGAAGAAUGUAUUAUUGCCUGAAUGCUUCUAUUCCUUUUUUGAUCUUCGAAAAGAAUUCAAGAAGUGUUGCCCUGGCUCACCUGAUAUUGAUAAACUGGAUGUUGCAGCAAUGACAGAGUGUUUAAAUUUUGAGAACAACAGUUCGGUGUCCCGGUAUGGAGCCUCUGAAGUUGAAGAUAUGGGGAAUAUAAUCUUAGCAAUGAUUUCAGAGCCUUACAAUCACAGGUUUUCAGACCCAGAGAGAGUCAAUUACAAAUUUGAAAGUGGCACUUGCAGCAAGAUGGAACUUGUUGACGACAACACGGUAGUCAGAGCCCGGGGUUUGCCGUGGCAGUCUUCGGAUCAAGAUAUUGCAAGAUUUUUCAAAGGACUCAAUAUUGCCAAGGGAGGUGCAGCACUUUGUCUGAAUGCCCAGGGUCGGAGGAAUGGAGAGGCUCUGGUUAGAUUUGUGAGUGAGGAGCACAGAGACCUCGCACUGCAGAGGCACAAACAUCACAUGGGGACCCGGUACAUAGAGGUUUACAAAGCAACAGGUGAAGAUUUUCUUAAAAUUGCUGGUGGUACAUCCAACGAGGUAGCCCAGUUUCUCUCCAAGGAAAAUCAAGUCAUUGUCCGCAUGCGGGGGCUCCCGUUCACAGCCACGGCUGACGAAGUGGUGGCCUUCUUUGGACAGCAUUGCCCCAUCACGGGGGGGAAGGAGGGCAUCCUCUUUGUUACCUACCCAGAUGGCAGGCCCACGGGGGAUGCUUUCGUCCUCUUUGCUUGCGAGGAGUAUGCACAGAACGCGCUGAGGAAGCACAAGGACUUGCUGGGUAAAAGAUACAUUGAACUCUUCAGGAGCACAGCAGCUGAAGUUCAGCAGGUGCUGAAUCGAUUCUCCUCGGCUCCUCCUCUCAUUCCGCUUCCGACCCCGCCCAUUAUUCCAGUACUACCUCAGCAGUUUGUGCCCCCUACAAACGUUAGAGACUGUAUACGCCUUCGAGGUCUUCCCUAUGCAGCCACAAUCGAGGACAUCCUGGACUUUCUGGGGGAGUUUUCCACAGAUAUUCGAACUCAUGGAGUUCACAUGGUAUUGAAUCACCAGGGCCGCCCAUCAGGAGAUGCCUUUAUCCAGAUGAAGUCUGCGGACAGAGCAUAUUUGGCUGCACAGAAGUGUCAUAAAAAAACCAUGAAGGACAGAUAUGUUGAAGUCUUUCAGUGUUCAGCUGAGGAGAUGAACUUUGUGUUAAUGGGGGGCACUUUAAAUCGAAAUGGCUUAUCCCCACCGCCAUGUAAGUUACCAUGCCUGUCUCCUCCUUCCUACACAUUUCCAGCUCCUGCAGCUGUGAUUCCUACGGAAGCUGCCAUUUAUCAGCCCUCUCUGCUUUUGAAUCCACGAGCACUGCAGCCCUCCACAGCAUACUACCCAGCGGGCACCCAGCUCUUCAUGAACUACACAGCUUACUAUCCCAGCCCCCCAGGUUCGCCCAAUAAUCUUGGCUACUUCCCUACAGCUGCUAAUCUUAGCGGUGUCCCACCACAGCCUGGCACGGUGGUCAGAAUGCAGGGCCUGGCCUACAAUACUGGAGUUAAGGAAAUUCUUAACUUCUUCCAAGGUUACCAGUAUGCAACCGAGGAUGGACUUGUACACACAAAUGACCAGGCCAGGACUCUACCCAAAGAAUGGGUUUGUAUUUAAGGGUCCCAGCAGUUAGACCACCCUCAGAAAAGAAGUGUUUGAAAGAUGUAUGGUGAUCCUGAAACCAUCAGACACCUCAUCAACUUCAAGCAACUUCAGGGGACGUUUGUCUACACUCAGGCUGCAGUGUUUUCAGCAAACAUGAUUGGACAGUGGGCCUGUGCCCGAUCUUUUGGUGGAGUGGAAAAUUUGAGCCAGUGAAGCCAAAUCCUUCUAGAAGCAGAGUGCCUGGCUCCUUGCUGAUUGCAUUUAAAAUGUGAAAUGGAAAUUGGAUGUCUCCAUUACUUCCAGCCAACGUGGCAUCAUACGUGUUUCUUAAGUUUCAUGCCUUGGGAGGAAAAAUACUCCACUUACAUGUCUACGAUCUCCACCAAAAACUCUGUUAUGCAAACUUCAUUUUUGUGUGUUCCCACUCUUCUCUCCACCUCCCUACUUUCUACACAAUCAUGUCCUCUUACUAAGUAAUUCAAGAAAAAGGUCUUGGAAUACUUAAAUCACAAACUUAGAAAUAAAACUAAUAUUUUCUUAGUUUCCUGGCCAUGAUGAUAUCUCAUAGCUAAAGAAAAAAAAAAAAAAAAAGAAAAAAAAAACCACAAUGAAAACAAUUUUAAAAUACCUUGGGAUAAAUCAGAAAUAGCGCAGCCAACACAAAACAUACAUAGUUUAAAAGUUGGAUCUUUUUUCCCAGCAGACACCAGUUGUAAAUAAGAAUGAACUCUAGGGGCCAAAAUGCAAAACCAAAAAAUGAAGCAGCUACAUGCAGUUUGUAAUUUCUAGUUUGAUCUGUAACUGAACAUUGUGGCUUUAUAUGUAUUAUUUUAUAUUGUACUUUUCCCAUUGUUGAUUGUUUGGACUUGAAUAAGAGUAAUUCCAUAGUUUUAAAUAUGACAAAAAUGAGAAUAUUUGGACAGUGUGUUCUGGAAAGCAAUGUACUCACUGAAGUGAAUGCUUGUAUAUAUUAAGAUAGCCUUAAACCUUCUCUAAUGCCUUAACUAUCAAACAAUAAAACUUUUAAAGCCUAGGAUUAUAGUCAGCAUGCUAGAUGGAGAGGUAAACACUGGUGUGGUUAGAGCAGGUACUGAUGCUGUCAGUAUUUAGCACUAUGUGUUUAGCUGUGUUUAUGCUAGCUACAAAAGUGCAAUAGUAGACACUCGCUAGCUAGUACUGCUGCCUCAUGGAACUCCAAAGAGGAAAACAGGAUUUGAUUAACUCAGUGCACGUUUCCUUAAGUUACUCAUGUUGUCCUUUGCUUGAAUGCAAUGCCAUGCAGAUUUUCGUGGCUGCUAAUUUUUAUUUACUUUGCAUUAUGUUGACUAACGCUUGGAGAACCAAACAUCCCUUCUUCAGCUGACCACGAAUAGCCCUUUAACUGCAGUAAGAAAAAAUAAAAAUAAAAAACAAAACCAUUGUGUGUGAAUAUUGGUGAUAACUGGCACUUAAGAUCAGAAAACAGUUCUUUAUACUUGAUGCCUUAAGAUGCAGUCUGCCCAAAGUUCUGAAAGACUGAUAGGCAAGUAAUACUACAAUACUACUACUGAGUUUUUGUAGAAUAUUUACAUUUGAUAAUAAAACUCACCUGUUUAA